AUGUGUGGUUCAAAAGGUUCUCAAUUAAGUGGAGGUCAAAAGCAACGUAUAGCCAUUGCACGUGCUCUACUUCGUAAUCCAGUACUGUUCUUAUGCGACGAAGCAACUGCAGCACUAGACAAUGUUUCUGAAAAGCUUGUUCAAAAAGCGCUUGAAGAUGCUCAACAAUCCAUUGGAAAUCGAACAUCAUUGACAGUUGCACACCGCCUCACAACCAUUCAGAACUGCCACAUGAUCCUUGUUCUCAACUAUGGCCGUGUGUCUGAAAAGGGAUCUCAUGAAAGUUUACUAGCACAACAAAAGACUUAUUAUCGCAUGUGGAUGAUGACACAAGAUCGUUGA